GGAUCCCGGACCAUGGCGGCGGCUGCGGCGGCGGGCCCGGAGGGGCGGCACGCGGCCCAGGAGGCGGCGGCGGCGGCAGCAGCACCCGAGCGGGGCGGCGGGAGUUGCGUACUGUGCUGCGGGGACCUGGAGGCCACGGCGCUGGGCCGCUGCGACCACCCGGUGUGCUACCGCUGCUCCACCAAGAUGCGGGUGCUGUGCGAGCAGCGGUACUGCGCCGUGUGUCGCGAGGAGCUGCGCCAGGUGGUCUUCGGGAAGACGCUCCCUGCCUUUGCCACCAUCCCUCUGCACCAGCUGCAGCACGAGAAGAAGUAUGACAUCUACUUCAUGGACGGGAGGGUGUUUGCCCUCUACAGGCAGCUGCUGCAGCACGAGUGCCCCCGCUGUCCCGAGCGGCCGCCCUUCAGCCUCUUUGGGGACCUGGAGCAGCAUAUGCGGAAGCAGCACGAGCUGUUCUGCUGCAAGCUCUGCCUCAGGCACCUGCAGAUCUUCACGCACGAGCGGAAGUGGUACUCGCGCAAGGACCUGGCUCGGCACCGCAUGCAGGGGGACCCCGACGACACCUCGCACCGCGGACACCCCCUCUGCAAGUUCUGUGACGAGCGCUACCUGGACAACGACGAGCUCCUCAAGCACCUGCGUCGUGACCACUACUUCUGCCACUUCUGCGACGCGGACGGGGCCCAGGACUACUACAGCGACUACGCGUACCUGCGUGAGCACUUCCGCGAGAAGCACUUCCUGUGUGAGGAGGGCCGCUGCAGCACCGAGCAGUUCACGCACGCCUUCCGCACGGAGAUCGACCUGAAGGCCCACAGGACGGCCUGCCACAGCCGCAGCCGCGCCGAGGCCCGCCAGAACCGCCAGAUCGACCUGCAGUUCAGCUACGCGCCCAGGCACUCGCGCCGGAACGAGGGGGUCAUUGGCGGUGAGGACUAUGAGGAGCUGGACAGGUACAACCGCCAGGGCCGCACGGGCCGGGCCAGCGGCCGCGGAGCCCAGCAGAGCCGCCGAGGAAGCUGGAGGUACAAGAGGGAAGAAGAGGACCGAGAAGUGGCAGCAGCCAUCCGGGCCUCAGUGGCCGCCCAGCAGCAGCAGCAGCAGCAGGAGACACACAGGACUGAGGACCAGGAAGAGGGCGGCAGGCCCAAGAAGGAGGAGACGGGGCUGCGGGGUCCCGAGGAGGCCUGUGGUCCCCGGCGCCCGGCCCGGACCCCGGGCGAGGGCCCAGGUGAGCAGCUCCCCUGCAGGCAGGCCCACCCUGGCCCGACAGGCAGGACGCAGGCUCCUGACAACAAGGCCGGUCCCAAGGAAGCCUCCGCCAAUGGUCCUGUGAACCAGGACACCUUCUCCACCACUGGCCCGGCUGCAGGAGCCACACUCCCAAACGCUCUCCCGCCCCCCACUUCGAAGCUCAAGGAUGAAGACUUCCCCAGUCUCUGUGCCUCCGCCUUGUCCUCGAGCUCCGCAGCAGCCGCCCCAGGCCCUGUGGGGCUGGCGCUGGCUUACUCUGUGUCUGCCAGGGGCAGGACCACCUUCCAGGAGGAAGACUUCCCUGCCCUGGUGCCCUCCGCCUCCAAGCCCAGCAGUGCCCCCACCAGCCUCAUCUCUGCCUGGAACAGCGGGGCCAGCAAGAAGGUGGCGCAUCCUGCCCCGGGCUCCCAGUCCACCAGCGGGGGGAGCCAGCCCCCCAGGAAGUCUGGCAAGGGGGGAAAGGGGGGCAAAAAGGGCGGGCCAUCGCCCGCGGAGGAGGCGGAGGAGGAUGGCCGUGCGGGCCUCACAACCCAGGAGCUGCGGAGCGUGCCCACGACAGUCGCUGUCUCCUCCCUGCUGGCCGGGGCUGCCACCCAGACCUUCACCAAGGCCGGCAAGAAGAAGAAGGUGGGCUCCGAGAAGUCGGGUGCCGCGUCGCCCCCGCCCCCUGACAGAGAGGGGCCCCCUGGGGCCGAGCUGGCCCCCACGGCGCCCCCAGGCAGAGCUGAGGGGCCCGCCGCCGUCAUCGUCAAUGGACACUCAGAGGGGCCGGCCCCAGCUCGGAGCACCCCCAAGGAGCCCCCUGGGCUCCCAAGGCCCCUGGGGCCGCCCCCCUGCCCCACGCCCCAGGAAGACUUCCCGGCGCUCUGUGGCCCUUGCCCACCCAGGAUGCCCCCACCCCCAGGCUUCAAUACCGUGGUGCUCCUGAAGGGCACUCCGCCUCCGCCGGGCCUGGCGCCCCCUGUCAGCAAGCCACCCCCCGGCUUCUCCAGCCUUCCGUCUAGCCCCCACCCGGCCUGUGUCCCCAGCACUACGACCACCACGAAAGCACCCAGGCCGACGCCAGUGCCCCGGGCCUACCUGGUCCCCGAGAACUUCCGGGAGAGGAACCUGCAGCUCAUCCAGUCCAUCAGGGACUUCCUACAGUGCGACGAGGCCCGCUUCAGCAAAUUCAAGAGCUACUCGGGGGAGUUCAGACAGGGCGUGAUCUCCGCAGCCCAGUAUUACAAGAGCUGCCGGGACCUGCUGGGGGAGAACUUCGAGAAGAUCUUCAACGAGCUACUGGUGCUGCUGCCCGACACGGCCAAGCAGCAGGAGCUGCUGUUGGCGCACACGGACUUCCGGGGCCGCGAGAAGCCUCCCGGCACAAAGGCCAAGAAGAAUAGGAAGAGCGCGUGGCAGGCCAGCACCCAGCAGGGCUGCGAGGAGGCCACCUGUGUUCCCUAUCACAUGGAAGAAGCCCCUCAUAGCUGAUGCCCUCUGCAGACCUGAGCACAAGACAGCACCCUCAAAGAGUAACCUGGAAGAUGGGCUAUCUCACUCAUACUAAAAAUGCUGAUUCUUAAAGAAGAACCAAGGACCAUAACAAUACCAGGCAACACAGCCUGAUGACAAGCACCACUCAGCUCUUAACACAAGUUUAUGUUAACACCUACUGCACCUUAGCAACUACUACACCUAACUGCAAGUACUACACCUACUGCAAGGAGAUCAAAACAGUCCAUCCUAAAGGAAAUCAGUUCUGAAUAUUCACUGGAAGGACUGAUGCUAAAGCUGAAGUUCCAAUACUCGCCCACCUGAUGAGAAGAACUGACUCACUGGAAAAGACCCUGAUGAUGGGAAAGACUGAAGGCGAGAGGAGAAGGGGAUGACAGAGGAUGAGAUGGUUAGAUGGAAAAAAAAAAAAAAAAAGAUGGUUGGAUGGCAUCACCGACUCGAUGCACAUGAGUUUCAGUAAGCUCCGGGAGUUGGAGAUGGACAGGGAGGCCUGGUAUGCUGCAGUCUAUGGGGUCUCAAAGCAUCGGACAUGACUGAGUGACUGAACUGAACUGAACUGCACCUUUGACCAUGGGAGCUGCUCUUCUCCUCUGGAAGGGUAUAAGUUGAGACCAAGCUCGAACAUGGCCAAGCCAGAACCCCAGCCCUAGCUCCUGCCUGCUUCCUUGAAUCAACUAGAAGGUUGUUAACCAGUAAGAAAUGAAAAAGUAACUGAAAUAAAACUCCCAAAAGACAAAUUCAAAAGUCAACAAGACCAAGCUGGGGAUGUCUCCGAAGGGGAGCUGGCCAUGGAACGUGGCUCUGGACACUGCAUGGUAUACAGGGCAGGGGUCUCGGGAACAGGAGGUGGUAAGAAGGGGACAUCUGGAGAAAUCUGGAUGGGUUUACCUAGCACUCUCCAGAACAGGAGCAUCAGCCUGGUCUCUACCUCCUGGCCCCCUUCUGGAAUCGGGGCCCUGGUGCUCCUUGGGUCCCAAUCUCUGGUACUGGAGGGACAGGAGUGGAAAGGUCACAGUAAACUCAUUUACAGUCUUUAUUGUAAAGAA